AGGCGGAGGCUUCGGCCUGGGCCUCCCCUGCGGGGAAGGGGACGCAGCCGUGACCCGCUUCUCUUUCUCCCCCUCAGGAGGACGGAAGAGCACGGCGGGGGAAGGAAGGAGGCGCCGCCCGGGAGGAGGAGGAGGAGGGGAGCGGGACCCGCGGAGCAGCCCUGCCCGGUCUCGGCGCGGCUUCCUCGGGAGACGGAGGUGAAAGGCCGGACGGCCCCGGGGCUGCAGGAGGAAUGAGCCCAGGACGACACCGGGAAAGGAGGCCGCCUGGAGGUCGAAGCGGGGAGAAGGAAACGGACGGAGCGCCCGAGACAAGCCAGGAGGGCGGAGGGUCCCUCGGAAGACCCGGGAACCCCCAGAGGAUCCAGGAGGGAGGAAAGAGAUUUCAGUGCCCGGAAUGCGAAAAAUCCUUCAAAAGAAUUGACUAUCUUGAAACCCAUCUCAGGACCCACUCGGGAGAGAAACCUUUUACAUGCCCGGAGUGUGGAAAGAGCUUCAGUCAGUUGGGAAACCUCUCUAGACAUCAAAGGAUCCACUCCGGAGAGAAGCCCUACGAAUGCCUGGACUGUGGAAAGAGAUUCAAUCUGAGGGAAAGCCUGAACACGCAUCAACGAAUCCAUUCGGGAGAGAAACCGUACAAAUGCUUCGAAUGUGGGAAGAGCUUCAGUGUGAGGGAAAGCCUUUACAGACAUCUAACUAUCCACUCGGCAGAAAAGGAAUAUCAGUGCCCGGAAUGUGAAAAAUCCUUCAAAACAAAUACUGAUCUUGAAAACCAUCUACGAAUCCACACAGGAGAAAAACCUCAUUUUUGCGUGGAGUGUGGAAAGAGCUUCAAUCACAUGAGCAGCUUCUAUCGACAUAAAAGAAUCCAUUUGCAAAAGACCUACGAAUGCUGGGAAUGCGAGAAAUCCUUCAAAACAAUUCAAAACCUUGAAAAACAUCUAAGAAUCCACUCGGAAGAGAAACCGAAUAAAUGCCAAGAGGAGGGGGAACCCUUUGGAAGUCUGGAGAAUCCCCAAAGGAUCCAGGAGGGAGAAAAGAAAUUUCAAUGUCCAGAAUGUGAAAAAUCCUUCAAAAAUAAUGAUAAACUGGAAAACCACCUAAGAAUCCACUCAGGAGAAAAGAAAUACAAAUGCCCGGAAUGUGAAAAAACCUUCAAGAGAAAUGGACAUCUCCAAAUCCAUCUAAGCAUCCACUCAGGAGAAAAGGAAUAUCAAUGCCCAGAAUGUGGAAAAUCCUUCAGAAGAAAAGACCAUCUUCAAAGCCAUCUAACAAUCCACUCAGGAGAGAAACCUCAUAAAUGCCUAGAGUGUGGAAUGAGCUUCAAUCAUAGAAGCAGUUUUAGUAGACAUCAAAGAAUCCACUCAGGAGAGAAACCAAAUAAAUGCUUGGAGUGUGGAAAGAACCUCAGUGAUGGGAGCAGCCCUUGCAGACAUCCAACAAUCCAGACUGGGGACAAAACAAAUAGAUGCCUGGAAUGUGGAAAGAACUUCAAUGAUAGGAGCAGCCUUUAUAGACAUAGAAGAAUCCACUCAGGAGAAAAACAGUAUAAAUGCCUGCAGUGUGGAAAGAGCUUCAGUCAUUGGAGCAACCUUGAUAUACAUCAAAGGAUCCACUCGGGAGAGAAGCCAUAUAAAUGCUUGGAGUGUGGAAUGAGAUUCUGUCAGAGGAGCAGCCUUUAUAGACAUAGAAGAACCCACUCAGGAGAAAAACUGUAUAAAUGCCUACAGUGUGGAAAGAGGUUUCAUCAGAAGACGAACUUUUAUCUACAUCAAAAGAUCCACUCAGGAGAGAAACCGUUUCAAUGUGCGGAGUGUGGAAAGUGCUUCAGUCAGAAGAGAAUACUUAAUGGGCAUCAAAUAAUCCACUUAGGAGAGAAACUGCAUAAGUGUGUAGAUUGUGGAAAAAGCUUUACUCGGAAGGGACACCUUUUUGCACAUCAAAGAAUCCAUACUGGAGAAAAGCCGUAUAAAUGCCUGGAGUGUGGAAUGAGCUUUGCUGAGAGCAGAAAGCUCCGCAAACAUCAAUGGAUCCACACUGGAGAAAAACCAUAUAAAUGCCUGGAGUGUGAAAAAAGCUUUAGUCAGAGAGUAAGUUUUUAUAACCAUCAAAUGAUUCACACAGGAGAAAAACCACAUAAAUGCCUGAAAUGUGGAAAGAGCUUCAAUCGGAGAGGAAACCUUUACAUCCAUCAAAGAAUCCACUCAGGAGGCAAACCAUAUAAGUGUCUAAAGUGUGGGAAGAGUUUCUCUGCAAACAGAAGUCUUUAUAGGCAUCAAAGAGUCCACACAGGAGAAACAUCAUAUACCGUGUUUCCUCAAAAAUAAACCCAGCCUGAUUGAUUUUAAGCAUGCA